GCGAAAUACUACUAACCAGCUAUCCCCCCCUUUAUCCAUUCAUUCUUUUCCUAUUUGAGUCCUUUCCAACUGUUCCUAUACAUUGCGCGUCAUCAUGGUCGGCCCAACCGCAACUCUGACCCCUCUUGCUCGCGCUGAUGGCUCGGCUUCCUAUCUGUGUCCCUCCACUGGAUCCAAUAUCCUGGGCUCUGUCAAUGCCCCCGUCGAGCUUCCCGGACGCCGAGAUGCUUUGAAGCCCGAAGAAGCGACCGUGGAAGUAUUUGUUAAGCCGGGCACUGCACCUGCUGGUGUGAGCGAACGGUACGUCGAGGGAAUCAUCAAGGGAGUCCUCGGAAGAUUGAUCUUGGGACGCGAGAGGGGCUACCCUCGGCGUGGUGUCGUGGUCACGCUAGCCAUCGUCGGAGGUGGGAGUGUAGGAAGAGGAGAACCGUAUCUGACUCUUCUGCCCGCGCUACUUCAUACCGCCCUUCUUGCCUUGCUAUCGGCCGCUGUUCCCCUAUCCAUGACCUUCUCUGCGACUGUUCUGGCCGUCGAUGCAUCAGGUGAAAUCACCCGGGAGCCGUCGACCCAACAGGCAGCCACCGCCAAAUCCCUCCACGCCCUAGCCUUCUCGUCCAAGGGCCAUCUGCUGCUGAAUGAGAGCUCAGGGGCUUUUGACUUUGAGACGUGGGAGAAGGUCCACCAGCGCGCAUCAGCGAUCUGUCACGGCACACCGGCUGUUGGCACUGAUGGAGACAUUGCCAUGGUGGAGGAUGUAGAUGGCCAGCCCCUGGAGGGGAUCAUGCGCGAGUCCGUUGAGGAUCAGGUCCACCGCGACUACGCCUGGAAGAUCGAUGCUGCUUGAUUACCCCGCGGAUACCACGGCAGCUAAGUAAAUUCAGUCGCGACGGGCGCUUACAACCAGCGAGCGGUCGCUCCCAUGAAUUGUCGUCCCUUCUAUCGCUAGUAUUCUUCGGUGGCUUUUACACAUACCCCUUGCACACGAAGGAAGCUUUUCAGACAGCACGCGGACCCAUGUGCGCGAACGAGACUUUCUGGGCGAGUGUAGAAGGAUUGUCAUCGACGAUAUCCUACUGGCUGAUGGGCAGGCUAAGAGAAGGACGCAGGGAAUGGCAGGGGAGGAAUUCGUCGCAGGAACCGACAAGCCCUCUAGCAGGAUCACGGCGAGGGACGUGCGUGAAAGGAGCCAACCACCUCCAUUAGUUAGAUGUCUCGGAAGAGUUACAUUCUCAGCGAUAAGGCAAAGCGAACCCCCCAGCUCCAGCCACAUGGGGGAGUGCUGCAAUAUACCGG